AUGUCCCGUUUUUGGUGGAAAGCGGCGACGCGAAGGCCGCCGUUGCAGCUCGUGCUAUCAGCGGGGCUGCUGGCCGCGGCGGCGAUCGGCUGCCUCUCCGUAUGGCCCGUGACGGCCGGCAUGGCUAGCGCCGCAGGCGACACGGCGAACAGCACGCAGGACGAAGACGACGCGGCUCUGCUGUACGCAGUGCGCGGGUCGGACGCGGGCAAUCUGGGCGGCACGCGGGCGGCGCAGAGGGAUCUGUGGGAGCACCAGUUCCCGCUGCACCGCUGCCGCGGCCGCCGCCUGCUGCUGGUGCGGUGGCUGGACAUGACGCGGCACGGGCUGGGCUCGCAGCUCCACGUCAUCGGGUCCGUGCUGAGCGUGGCCAUGCUCUUCAACCGCACGCUCGUCAUCGUGCCAGGAAGCUUCCCGCAGGCGGACCACAGCGAGUGCGAGGGGGCGGAGAGGCGCGGGUCGCUGGACUGCUACUUCUUCGCGCUCACCUCCUCCCACUGCCGCAACAUCGCCAUGCGCGCUUAUAACGAGUACAAGGCGAAGCGGGGGCUGGAGGGGCGGUCUCGUUGGAGGGCGUGGACGGCCAUGCAGCGCCGCCGCAUCUCUGCCCACCGCACCUCCGCUGCCCACCGCACCUCCUCUGCCCACCGCACCUCCGCUGCCCACCGCACCUCCUCUGCCCACCGCACCUCCUCUGCCCACCGCACCUCCGCUGCUGGCACCACGGCCCGUGCAACGGCCCUCGCCGCACGUGCUGGGGGUGGGCAGGGGGGCAUAGAGAGCGUUGUGGGCCGGGCGGAUGAGGGGCGCAGGGGGAAUGGGGCGGAGGGGGCGGAGGGGGCGGAUGAGUGGGAGGCGGAGAGUGGGGAGGUGCGGUGGUGUGGGUACGAUACGAAGCGCACGCUGGAGUCGGAUGCGGUGGUGGUGUUUGGGUGCAGCCCCCUGCUGCCCGCCUGGGCUGGCCGCCGCUACCUCAAGCUCCUCCGUGGCGCCGCUGCUCUGCUGUGGGGGGGGGCGUACAGGGAGCGCACAGGGACCAACGAGGUCAGCGGGCAGCUCGUGCGCAGCAACACCACGGUGCUCAAGGUGCAGUGGUGGCGGGCACAAGCACUGCGCUUCAUGCUGCGCUGGCCCUCGCCCUACCUCUGCCAUCUGCUCAACCGCCACCGCCACAGCGCCUACGGCAUGCAAGUGGCGCGCAGCACAGCAGGCGCCAUGCACGGCCAGCAGCACAUGCUGAGCGUGGCGGCUCGGCUGGCCAGCAGCCUGGGGGAGGACCUGCACGGGCACCUGCUGGCAGAGGCCGUGGGCGCGUGGGCGGGGGGCGUGGGGCAGGGGGCCGCCUCACCCCUGGCACUGCCGGUAGCAGAGCCUGGCAGCACCGCUGCUGCGCUGCAAGCACGCUCACUGCUGCUCUUGCACGAGCCUGCUGCUGCUGCUGGCGAUGGCGAUGGUGGGGGCGGAGUGGGGGCGGAGGUGUACAUGCCGCGGCCGAUAGUGAGUGUGCACGUGCGGCAGGGCGACAAGGGGCGUGAGAUGCGGCUCUUCUCCUUCCCCUCCUUCGUCUUCCUCGCCAACCGCCUGCGCCGCCUCGACCCCGCCCUGCACAACGUGUGGCUCAGCACUGAGAUGCAGAGUGUGGUGAAGAGAUCGUCCAGCUUUGGCAACUGGGACUUCUUUUAUUCCAAGGUGCCGCGGCAAAAGGGCAAGGAAACCAUGUCACACUACCUUCGCCGCACUGGCAUGGCUCGUGUGGUGGGAGCCAGUUUUGCCAACCUGCUGGUGUCCUCAGAGUGUGAUUACUUCGUGGGAGUUCUGGGUUCAAACUGGAAUCGGCUUAUCAAUGAGCUGAGACUGACCAACGGGAGGCUAUUUGCUGGCUAUGUCGCGUUGAACUUUGACGAAUGGUAG